CAAGUUCCCGCCCAAGUCAAGCAGAGGUCAUCGCCACGUGUCACACCUUGGAGCUGGUCUAAGAAGACUACGGGUCAUCCCACUUCAGCCAGCGCCGAGCCUACCCCGUGCCGUGCAGCCGCGACCCGCGCCUACUCCGGGAACGACCCCGGGACUCCGCCUACGUGAGCAGCAGCCAGCCCCAGAGCCGCGCCCGACGUGCCCCGCGCCGCCCGCCGCGACGCACCGCCGCAGCCGCCGCCUGCCUGCCCUUCUAACUGUGAGCCCGUUCCUAUUAUUUCCUACCUUUCCUAUUUGAUUCGUGCAUUUAUUGAAGCUUGUUCUCGAAAUACUGAGUGAUCUAGACCUAGGUAUCCUAGUCGCUUUGCGAUAUAUCUAGCUAAACGUGCCUUCUAUCCGCUUAAGCUACGCAUUUAAACGCAAGUUUAUUAGCUUAUACAUUCCUAAGGCUUGUUACGUCAUCUCAUUCUACGUCAUCGAGUCUAUUUGCAAGUCAUCGCCUAAACAAAGCACUUAUCUUUCACAAAGGCCUAAUCUAACUAGUAAACUAAACUAUUCACAAAGAAACUAUUAUAAAUAGCCAAUAAAUACUUACGUAUUAUUACGCAACUACAUUUCAUCCCAAUUUUGCAUUCCAAUUCCAAGUCAUUGCACAACUAAACUGUAUCCACCUAUCGUAAUUAUUAUUGCUGCGGAUAUUUACGCUUUUGCAAACAAUUGAACCUAAACAUUAAACACUGCCUAAUUAAAUACACUUAUUCCUAGCGUUUCUAAUAACUUCACUUGCUUACAUCUCGCCUGCAAUUAUCUGUGUUCCCUAGCUUCAAACUAAAACGUAACUUUUAUAAUCAGCUGCUAAACACAACGAACGUCUCAAUUCCAGCGGACUGUGUGGUGCAUUCCAAGCGCGGAGACGCCGUGUUCACUGCGCGAGCGCAUAGUCACCGACUGCUGGUGUCGAGCGGCCGCUGCCUGCGCGCGCCGUGCGCCGCCAGACGAACCGGUUCUGCUAUCGGCCAGCGCUGCCCAGCGACAACGAAGUGAGGAGCGUAUCGUUCAACUUUUGUUAUUAUUCAUAACUAACAUCAGCUGAUCUAUACCGUUAAGUUCAUCGCACGCUUGCAAUCAUGGAGGACAAAUUAAAGGAAUUGCUAAUCAAACGUAGUUCUAUUCGAGGACGCGUUACUAAAUUUAAGAACAGUGUCGAUUUGCUAACUACCGAAUCCAUUUCCUCCAUCGAACUAAGUAAGCUUUCGAUGAAAAUAACGAAAUUUGAGGCGUUAUUCAAUGAGUUCGACGAGUUGCAGGGUGAAAUCGAGAUUUUAAAUGAGUUAAAUCUCUCCUCUGAGUUAGCUACCAGAGAUUUAAUUGAGCAAGAUUUUUAUCAGGCCAUCGCUGUUGCGCAAAAUAUUGUUCAGACUAAGUCACCUUCUAAGCAGGAGGACAACUUAAGUAACCCAUCAUGUUCCGCCAAUUCCCAGUGUCAUCACCAACCGGAUGAGACACUAGGUUUCAAAUUACCAAUAAUUAAAAUACCAAAUUUUGACGGGACUUACUAUAAAUGGAUGGAGUUCAAGGAAACUUUUACCUCAUUAAUUCAUGAUAAUGAAAAAAUCAAAAAUAUCCAUAAAUUUCAUUAUCUUAACUCCUACUUAGAAGGCGAGGCCUCUCGAGUUAUCUGCAAUUUAGAGGUAAAUGACCUAAAUUACGUCAAGGCUUGGCAACUCCUGUGCGAACGAUUUGACAACAAGCGGCAACUAAUUAAUAACCACCUAAAGUCACUUCUGAGCUUCGAGUCAGUGCGAGAGACCGAUAAGUCAUUAAGGUUUAUUAUUGAUCAUGUUUCAAAAAACUUACGGGCUCUCAGCACUCUCGGCCUACCUACUGACAAGUGGGACAUGCUUAUUAUAUUUAUGGUCUCAGCAAAAUUAGAUCCCAGUACAUUUUUUAAGUGGGAGGAAAACAGGAACACUCUGCCAGAUAUUCCCACACUAGAACAAUUUUUCCAAUUUCUGAAGAACCGUGCUGAUGUUCUCGAAACCGUGCAGCGUAGUAGGCAGCAAGAUAGGUCUAAACCUAAUAAUAAUAAUAAUUUCAACGCCCAAAGUAGGCCUCAAACCAAAGCCAUGGUAGUGACUUCUAAAGAAGCUUCAUCUUCCCCGUCUAAAUUUCAUUUUGAAUGUGUCGAAUGCAAAGCUAAUCAUCGUCUGUAUGAAUGCCCCACAUUUAAGUCUAAGAAACCGGAGGAGAGAAUGAGUUUAGUCACUGCUCUAAAAUUGUGCACUAAUUGUUUGAGAGGAGGUCACAAUUCACGCUAUUGUAAGUUACCAGGCUCGUGUCGUUUGUGUAAACAAAAACAUAAUUCGUUACUUCACCAAUCAAAUGAAGUCUCCGACUCAAAUCAGUCAAGCUCCCUAACAAUGUCGGCCCAGUCUUCCACAGAAGUACUGUUGUGCACUGCCCUGGUUAAAUUAAUAAAUCCUGCGACAAACCAAUCAAUCAAGGUUCGAGCUUAACUGGAC